CUCGUUGCUCAAUAUUCGCUUACAGACGUUGGCUGUUGUGAAAACGAUGUUGUCUUCGUAUCACGCAUUUGUCGACUUGGAAGAUAGAUACAUCUGCUACCGAUCGAUCUAGUAGCUUGCGAAGCGAUAAAUUUUGUUGUUUGCUCUAUAACAUGUAUAUGUAGCCAUAUUACAUCUUAUAGCCAUAGCCGACGUCUUUGAGAUUGAAAUUGGUUUUGCGUAGGCUUCGAGAGCAUAUCCAUGUUUAUAGAAAUCAAGUCCGAUUCAUACUCAUUUUUCCUGAUCAACGUUUCUUGGGGUAGACUGUGACCUCAAAUAGCCUUCCGGAGGUUUUCUUCACCGUGAAGCUUAACGAUAAAAACGGCCAUAAAUGGGGUCUUUUCUCACUUUACAUUUCUGAACUGUCAUUUGUUUCCUCUUAAGAAGCUGCUUGUUGCUUUUACGAUGAUGAUACUCUCACAUACAUAGAUGCGUUCUGACCUACUGAGGACGUCUAUAUCUCUGCUCUCACAAGCUCGACACCUCAUGCGUCCUCCCAGAAAUCUGCCUUUUCGUGGCAUUUACAGGACGGAAGGUGAAAAAGUUCGCAAAGAUGACAUACUGGUCUGUCAAGCAAAAUUAAACUAUCACCCUGGAUUAAAUGUAUAUUUUGAAAAUGAUAGGUCAGAAAAGCUGUUGCGAUCUGCUUGUGAUGGAAUUGUCCGGAUCACCACAGAAGUCGUCGAUCCCGACAUGACCAAUCCAGAAAUCCUUGCCAUGGAGAAGAACAAGGAAGGUCCGAAUUUGAAACGAGAUAUAAGUAGGAUAUUAGAACUUAUGGAGCACGUUCAAAAAACGGGCGAAGUGUCGUCUCCCAAACUUGCCGCCCUCCAAGCAGUACUUCAGUCUGAAUUUUUCAAUGCUGUUCGGGAGGUGUAUGAGACCGUGUACGAUAUUGUUGAUAUCGAUGGAUCACCUGAGGUGCGAGCAUCAGCAACAGCAAAAGCUACGGUUGCCGCAUUUGCUGCAGCCGAGGGACAUGCGCAUCCACGAGUUGUAGAACUUCCAAAAACGGACCAAGGAUUGGGAUUUAACGUGAUGGGUGGAAAAGAACAGAACUCACCUAUCUACAUAUCGAGAAUUAUACCCGGUGGAGUAGCAGAUCGGCACGGUGGAUUGAGACGCGGUGAUCAGCUGAUUGCCGUCAACGGAGUGAAUGUUGAAAGCGAAUGUCACGAGCGAGCAGUGGAUUUGCUGAAGUCUGCUCAAGGUACAGUACGCCUUGUAGUUCGCUACACUCCUCGUCUGCUUGAUGAAAUGGAAAGAAGAUUCGAGCGGCAACGACGGCGCUUAAACCAACCGAGUCCUGGGCCUCCACUUCCACCUGCCAGGCGCUGA